UAUGAUUUUCACUUUCCACUUUUCACUUUUGCUUUUUCAAUAAUUUCACUUAUCUUCUGUUACUUCCAGGAUUAGGAUCAAGUCUUCAAGCAGACUCAAUAGUAUUAUCAGUUGAUGCCGGACAACAAGAAGAUGCUAUGCUUGCGCUUUGACGAUAACAACUUGGAAUUCGGUUAUUUACUAGGCCUUUCUAUAUGGCUGCCCGCUAUUGUUCUUGUUUAUUGUGUGCUGAAAUUUCUUCUUCAGUUGCUAACUCAUCAUCCUCAAAAUAUAUCCCAGCCCACAGAAGGAGAAACAAAAAUAGCAAAGAACAAAAAAUCAGAUACUGCUCAAGCAGAAGAUCUGUUGGAUGAAGCAAAAAAAUACUCAAGUGUCGAGGAUAGAAAAGCCGAGCAAGCUGUUGUGUGCAGAUUUAGAAAGAGGCAGGAAAAGAUACAAAGAGAAAUAACAAGAGAAGAGGAAUCAGAAUCUCGGGUUUUAGCUUCUAGUUGUGUGUCAAAAGUGCCUCCUCGUCUUCGUGAUGGUGAUCUAGUGCAUUUCAGCCAUAGGCAUCCUUUGCUAAGAUUCCACUUCCGAGGAACAGAAGUUCUAAGAUGCAACAUGUGUACUAUUAUAAUAUCUGGGGUCGCUUAUGGUUGCGAUUAUUGUCAUUACUUUCUCCACGAGGUAUGCUCUAAUAUUCCUAGAAGAAUUCGGCAUGAUUUUCACCCUAUGCACUCACUCACCCUUCUUCCUAUUCCCUCAAUCGCUCAUUGGCAUUCCAAAUUUGAAAACAAAUUCCGUUGUGUGGCAUGUGGAUAUGACGACUCUUAUCGUCACCACUCACUGUUUUCUUUUUACUAUCAUUGCGACUUGUGUAAAUUUGACCUUCAUCUUGAAUGUGCUUCUGUGCAAACGACGUUGAUCCACAAGGUAAAAUAUCCACUUGAUCUCUUCACUUACUUUCCACUGGAAAGUGAAGGUGCAACCUUGUUAUGUGGGAUUUGUAGCCAAGUUAUGAAUAGGCAAUCCUCUUGGCUUUUCUACAAUCGUGAGUUUGAUUACAUCUGCCAUUUUGAGUGUGCUGCUGAAGAAGAGCUUGGAGUUAUAGGGGAUGAUAUUUUCCUAUCUGAAGUCCAAAAAUCGUUGGUCAUCCAAAAAUGUUGUCCUGGCCAGCAACCAAAACUCGAACAGCUAGGAGAAGUUACACACUUCAGCCACCGGCAUCCACUGAAAGCAAUCAAACACACGAAUGAGGCAUCGAUCAUGAGUACUUGUUGCAUAUGUUCAAACAAGGCUUCGUCCGGUUACACUUGCCAGCUAUGCAAUUACUUCAUCGACGAGAAUUGUUUCCCUCUUCCGCGAAAGAUACAGCACCAUUUUCACCCGAAUCACCCCCUCAUACUCACAAGCUAUGCCAAUCAUCCAAAGUUUAAAUGCCCAGCUUGCACUCAAGAAGGUGGUGCAGCAUACCAUUGCUCUGCUUGUAAAUUCGAUCUCCAUCGUAGCUGUGCUGGUGCUCCCAUGACAUUAACCCUUGGAGAGAACAAGAAAGUUCCUUAUAAACUCCUCCAUUCGUACCCAUACGAGAGUGAGAUGGCAGAUAUCAAAUGCAGUGAUUGUUCCACUGCGUUAAACUCAAAGCAGAGCUUCUUGUACUACAAUUUCGACCUCGAUGAAGUGCUUCAUGUCCAAUGUGCACUUGAUAGAGAAGCUAGUAAUUCUUAUGGUACUAAGUUUCUUUUAGUUAGUAAAAGACUGAAUAGUAUUAGAAUUGAGGAAGACCACUCUUAGUAGCAUGUCCUGUAACUGCAAAGUUUUUGGUAUCUUGUAUGGCAGUAAAACACCUAGUAAUCAACUUAUUGCCUAGUUUAUGGUUGUUAUUUCCUUUUCCAAAAGAAGAAUGAUUUGUAAGAACAUCUGUUGAUUUUGUUAUAUUUUGAGGUUUUGUGCAAUAUUCACCAGGGUUGCUUCCA